AUGACAUCGGGAACCAGCCCACGAGUGACACGUCCGAACGGCAGCCCAUCGACCACGGCAUCGUCAGGGAUGACCCAAACUCAGCCGAACUGGAGCUGGAGCCGUCAUCAAUGUCCACCCGCCAGAACACAACAUGUCUUGCCUAAAGUCUCGCUAUUUACACCGAAUCUGCUUCCAGGGUGGAUCAUCGGGUGGUUCCUGUUCACAGCAAUUAUAUGCACCUGGGAUGCCAGUUUUAUCAUGCUUCGGCCACUCUCUUUCCCUGGUCAAAGCCUCUCCAGUGUCUGGUAUCCUUACAAAUAUUACAUCACACUUGACAAAAGGUACGGCAACAUGAAUGAUUCCUACGUGUACACACAGAGUUUACUGAAUCUUGUCGAAGUGAUCCUAAAUAUCUACACAUUUUAUUUGAACAAGGUCAACAGUCGCCAUACAGUCCCCCUGGCAUUUACAGUGACGGUGAUGACUUUCUGGAAGACGGUUUUAUAUUUUCUGAUGUUCGCAGAACCGUGUGGUGAUACUUUGUACCGGGAGGGCAACUCCGCCCUUGCUGAAUUCUUUCUUGUCAUUAUACCAAAUGGCGUCUGGAUCGUACUUCCUCUUUUGGUGCUGGUAUGUCUUUGGAACCGAAUCACACCAAAUGAGAAGAUCACCGAUUGA